CACUAGUGUCCGAUAUCUACAAUACACUGUUUAGGGAUUAACAGAUGUAAAAUGUCCCCGUAGUAUUUCUAUAUGUGUAAUCUGUCAUUUGAGGGCGGUCACAGCUGUUGGAGUACACAGGGCUCUCGAAUGAAAGCUUCGAUGAUGAAACCUGCGUGAGCGGAUUUGUUGUACACAAGUUGCCUGCCGUUGAGUCACAGCAAGUAUUUCCGUAUGGAUUUUCUUGGGAUGUGACAUGGGGGGCAUUGGGGGUCUCGCUCUCUAAAAAGAACACACACAGUAGGCCCAUCUUUUGGGAGUGGGCGGAGGGUCUAAAAUAAAAUCAGCUGCCACUGUCUGCUAGUUGGACAUAGUACUGGGGCAGGUCUCCUACACUGACUGGGAUUUGCUUUUGGCUUGGAGCGACCCUGCAGGUUUGGGGGUGCAGAGGCCUUCAAGUGGGAUUUUUACUGGCUGGGCUCACAUCUCUACAUUGCAAUAUCCUCCUUACCUGCCGCUGGCAGCGCAGGUUGAACCGGGGCAGGACUUCCUGAAGGAGGUCGAAACCAGAGGAAACCGGAUUCACUCCGUGGGCUCAGAGGUCAUCCCACUGAGCAACUGCGAGGCCGUGGACCAGCCAGCUGUCCCCAAGCAAGCCGACGCCGCCGCCCCCAGCGCUGUGGGGUCAUGGAGGAGACGGAGGUUUGUUCCCUGCCUGGGGGACUUGCCAGUGUGAGGAAACAAUUUGAGACCCGGGAAACUGCAACAUCGCACAAUGUAACCCAGUUCCAUUUUCACCACAGGACUGUGCAGGAAAUGUCCAACUCUGAGGUGACAACGUCAAGCAGCAGCAGGCAGGUCGUUCAAGGGAGGCAGCAGCAAAGUUUGAACCAAGAAGCAAUGGUAUCUUACAGUGACAGUAACCUUACAUCCAGUUUUGACCAUCAAAAUGAAACAGAAGAGGAGUUUCCCCGGUUCACUACAAAAGAACUGAGGGCUCACUUUGAAAAAACGAUAGAAGAGGCUGCUGCACACAAACCAAUUAAAAUUGGACGCGAUAUCAAUCGAGCUAAGUGGUGCUCGAAUGUGACACAAAACAACACUGUGACUAGCGAGGUGUGUGAAGCGUCCGCAAACGAGACAGCGGAGGACACACUGGCUGAAGAGGUGGAUUAUGCUGACUUUCCGCCCCCACCACCUGAAGAUUCUGGGUAUCUUCCUCCCCCUCCUCCAGACUUACUAGAAAUGCCAUCAGACAGUGAAAAUAUUCCGGCGUGCCAUUACUCCCCUCAGCCACCAGAACCGACAAAGCUCUCCAAAUACCCGAUAAACAAAGAAGCUUACUGCAAGCAGAGGAGCAUGGCCGAGCUGAAACGGCUUUGCAAGCACAUUCAUCCUGAGGUUCGUAAGAAUAUAGAGAAGGAGUACUACAGCGAGUACAUUGAGGCCGAGAACAACCAGUCGGAGAGCAAGGAGUUCAUGCAUGAGGAUGAUGCCGGCGGUCCCGAUGACGUCAACGACGAGGAAUACGUGGAAUGGGAGGAGAUUCUCCCCGGGGAGGUGCAGGCAAUGCGAUGGAAGUUUGAAAAUAAGCCACUGGACACCAUUAAGGAUGAAGCUCCCGACGACGAUGACGACGACGACGACAACAAAAUAACCGAGCAGGAAAUGAUUCUUGGAAAAGAUGUGAGACGAACGGCUUGGAUGUUUGAGACCAAGCCAAUGGACGAGCUGACCUCACACAAUAUCAACUCAACGGAAUACAAAAACAAGUUCAACAAAUGUGACAAAGGUGAUGUCCGUGCUGCCGCCUGGUUAUUUGAAACCCAGACAAUGGAUACUCUGAAUAAAAUGCACAAGGAGGAGGAUUUAACAAAAGAGAUUGUGUUCACAGAGGAGGAUGGGAAUGCCACUAUUUAUAUGAUUGACAAUAAGUACAUGGAAAGCCUCGGCCAUACCGAGACCAUUGAUGAGAGCCACCUGUUGACACUGAGGUCAGUGUUAGAGGAAAUUCAUGGGGAGGUGAAAACUGUCACGAGUACCUUUGACACUCAAUUUAAGUGCAUCAUCAUGGGACAGUCGAGUCAGAUGCUGGAGAUUAAGUCUGUGCGUAAAAUCGAAAGUGAAUUGGAGAACUCCAUUGCUUCACGUUGGCUUUUCGAUACCCAACCCCUGGACACCACAAGAAGAGAAUCUACAUCUUUGAAACUCGUUUGCAGCCUUUCCAUGGAGGACAGCAAUAAGGGGGACUGGGGCAGGUGGCUGUUUGAGAUAAAGACACUGGAUUCUCUCAACGAGUGGGAAAGCUCAAAAACUGAGAUGAAAGACGCCGCCGGAGCGGAUGUGCGCAAGCACUGCAUGGUGUUUGAAACCCAGCCCAUGGAUUCUCUGAAGGACGACUCCAACGCGAGGGCCCAGUCUAUUGAAGAAAUUAUCGGGGGCAAUGUUAGAUCUGCCAGGCACUUUUUUGAAAGCAGCCCUCAGGCGGAGAGGAAAGCCGACCCUGAGGUUGGAAAACUUCAAAAAGCAACAGUAAAUGAAGAAAUUAAAGGAGAUGUGAGACACCAAAAAUGGCGCUUCGAGAGUCAACCUCUAGAGCACAUAAGAGAGGAGAAGAAGGAGGUUACUCGCACCGUGAAUGUGGAGGACGAAUUCACACAGGAGGACGGCACCAGCUGCAGGGCAGAUGUUCGCAAGAACUGCUGGGUAUUCGAGACCAGGCCAAUGGACACUUUAAAAGAUGAUUCAAACACUCAGCUACUGACAAAAGAGGACAUUAUUGCAGGUAACGUGAGUUCAGCCAGACAUUAUUUUGAAACAGCUCCAGCUGAGGAGUUGAAGGAGCUUUCAGAGGUGGGCAAGCUGAAAAAAGCAGUCGCACUUAACGAGGAGAAGGGUGAUGUCAGACAUCAGAAAUGGCGAUUUGAAAGCCAACCCCUGGAGCAGAUCAGACAGGAAAAGAAAGAAGUCCUCCGAACGAUUGAUCUGGAAGAAAUCGACAGAGUUGACGUCUCAAACUACAAGCAGAUCUUUGAGAGCACAGAUUCAAACUGGAGGGAUGAAUCUCAAAAGAUUCUAAUAGAGGGCGCGACCUCCGGAUCUGUGAAGGCAAAUAAAAACCUGUUUGAGUCCACUUCGCUGUACGCCAUGCAGGACAGCUCGGGGCACUUCCACCAGGUGAAGACAGUGCGGCGCGAAGAGGUUGUGAAAGGAGAUGUGACGACGUGCAAGUGGAUGUUUGAAACGCGACCGAUUGACCAGUUCGAUGGGAGCAUUGAUAGAUACCAAGUCAUCCAGGGCAUAUCCAAACAAGAAAUAGAGUCCGGUGAUGUUAAAACCGCUAAGUGGUUGUUUGAAACACAGCCCCUCGACGCCAUUAAGUACUUUAGCAAUAUUGAAGAUGAGGAGGUUACGGGGGCAAAAAUAAAUCUUGACCAGGUGAAGGGUGAUGUGAAAACCUGCAAGUGGCUGUUUGAGACAAAACCAAUGGACGUCCUCUACGAAAGAGCGGAGUUAAAGGGGGAAAAUGAAUCUGAAGAGAUGCAAAAGGGAGAUGUCAAAACCAGCACAUGGCUUUUUGAGACACAAGCACUUGACACUAUCCGCGACGAGACUAUUCUGAAAACAUGCACUGUCAAUCAAGAGGACAUUAAAGGAAAGGAUGUGAGGACGGCUUGUUUUCUCUUCGAGACGGAGAAACUGGAGGACCUUUCCCGGGAGGAGACGGGCUCUUUCAAGCGCGUCACCGAGAUCGACGUUGCGUCUGGAGACGUAUCUGGGAAGAAGUACAUUUUUGAAAAUCAAACAUCAGAUAUCAUGUCUUCUACAACCGAGGAGCUGAUGCAAAAUCUCAAGAGAGUUCAGAGUGAGGACAUACAAAGAGGAAACGUAGUGAACUGCAAAUGGCUCUUUGAAAACCAGUCAAUGGAUACAAUACACAAUAGCCACGAGGAAUACACGAGCAGCCGCACAGUGAAUGACGUACAGGGAGGAGAUGUAGAUAAGGGGCGUUUCAUUUUUGAGACCUACUCCUUGGAUGAAAUCCAGGAGACGGACAAAGAGCUGAUGAAAAUGCGAAAGAUUUCCCGAGAUGAGGAGGAAAGAGGCGAUGUGAGAAAUUACACAAUGAUGUUUGAAAAUCAGCCCCUUUACGCCAUUCAGGACAAAGAGGGACUUUACCACGAGGUCACCACUGUCACCAGUGAAGAAGUAACAAGUGGAGAUGUGGUGGGAACCCGCUGGAAGUUCGAAACCAAGCCCCUCGACGCCAUCAAAGACACGGAUGAGGUUUACAUCAUCAAAUCUGUCGCUCAGCAGGAUGUGCACAGAGGAGACGUCACCUCUGCUAAGUGGAAGUUUGAGACACAGCCACUCGACAGGAUCACUGAAGGAAAGGAAACGCUCGUUAAAACCGUGAACGAUAUUCAGGGAGGCAACGUCAGGAUAAACAAAGAUCGCUUCGAGUCUGACAGGGGGUUUCAGGAAUCCGUUCGAACGGUCAAUGUGAGCGAAAUACAAAAAGGGGACGUCAGGUCUGCGAAAUGGAGAUUUGAAACCCAGUCCAUUGACAAGAUAAGAAGCAUGAGCUCUGAAAAUCUGAUUGAAACGGUGAAAAAAGAAGAGGUUGAAAGGGGAGAUGUUAAACAUUCAGUCUGGCUCUUUGAGAAAAAUCCCCUUGAUCACAUUAAAGAGGUAGAUGAGGACCAAGGUACAACCAGCACAUCACCGGAAGCGAUUUUCAAAUCGGAUGUGAAGACAACCGCGUGGUUAUUUGAAACAACACCCUUUGAUGACUUCAAUGAGACAAAAGUGGAGAAGACAGAAAUCGUGGGAAAGAGUGUCAAAGGAACUCUCGCGGAACUUUACAGCCAGCAAAUGGUGAAGUCAAAGGGAAUACUCAUCGAAGCUGAUGAAAUAGGCGACGUUAGAAUGGCCAAAUACCAGCUGAUGAAUAAGGAGGCGCCGGAAAUUCAACGAGAGGAUGUCAUCAGGGGAGAUCUGCAGACAAUCAUGAUGAACCUGCUGAACAGGGGAGAGACACACGAGCAGCAGAUAGUCAUAGAUUCAGACGAGAUGGGCAAUAUCAGUUCUACGGUGCACCAGCUAUUCAACCAAGAGAGUGACAGCAGUGUUGAAAAGGAGGAAAUAGUACGAGGUGACAUUCGGGAGGCUAUCAACAAACUUUUUGACCAGAGCGGUUCAGCCAAACACGGAAUACUCAUCCAGGAGGACGAAAAAGGAGACGUGCGGAUGACAUUGUAUUCACUUCUCAAUAAGCAAGAGAAUGUUAACGUGGACAGAGAGGACAUUGUGAGAGGGAACAUAAAAAGUGCUCUUCAAAGUCUGUCCAGCUCAGACAAGAAUGAUCAAGCGAUGAAAAUAAAGAUAGACGAGACGGAAAAGGGAAACGUCAACUUUUACUCCACGUGCAUCGAAUCUGGGGCCCUCGACUAUCUCAAACAGCUCCAUGUAGGAUCUGAUGAAACUCUGCCUGACAGGGUAGAAAAAGAGAAGAUCCUCGGAGGCGACAUCAAGGGCACCAAACUCAUCCUCGGCCGCAGUCAGACGCAAGUCGAUCGCACGGUGGAGGACGUUGUACCGGGUGAUGUUCAAAACCAGGUCAAAGUUUUCAUGUCGGAACCGACACUCUCCUCGGAAAGACUCCAAAAAGAGGAGGUGGUCAAAGGCAAUUUGAAAGCGGCUUUAAACCUGUUGUCCGAAUCAGCAAAUCAAACGGUCGUUGUCGAGAAAGAGGAGGUGGUGAAAGGCAACAUACCGAAAGCCCUGCGCAGCCUGGAGAAGGCUCAAAAGAGACACAAGGAGGUGGAGAAGCCGGAUAUCGUACGGGGAAACAUCAAAGGGGCUCUGAGGUCGCUUGAAAAAUCAUCGACGUCUCGAGUCGAAGCCGCUCUCGAGGAUUUAGUUCCCGGAGAUGUGAGGGCCACGCUGAAGUCCCUGGAGCUGGCAAAGCAAACGGUGAGGGGGGUCGAAAAGGAGGAGAUCGUGAAGGGCGACAUUCGCACAACAAUGCAAAGUCUGCAGGACGCCUCUAGUGAGAGGAAGACGUGUCAACAGGAAAUAAACGUUCAAGGGGACGUCAGAGGGACAAUUCAGCUCUUACUGGAGCCUCCGUCUUCACCAAAGAUGGAAAGGAGCCCGAGCCUUGAGCGGGAUGUUAAGGGUGACGUGAAGAUGUCAAUUAAGUCGUUGUAUGAGACGCAGGAUCAGUCGCAGCUAGAGAGAGAAGAGGUGGUAAAGGGUAAUGUUAAAGGCACCAUUAAAUCGCUGCUGGAAACGGCACAGCGUGAAUCUCCCAAAGUCAGACAUGGAUCAUACAGAAGAGUUCGAGUUAAGCAGAGCCCUCCGAUUAAAAAUCUAAAUGCAGAUGCAAAGAGGAACGUGCAAAAGAUAAAAACUGCCGAUUCAGAAAAGCACGUAAUCUCUAAUGACUCUGAAAUUGUUCGAACAAUCUCAAGUUUGGAGGAGCAGUCGGCUCAGCAAUCAACGACUGUGUUGGAGCACAAAACGAUUGUCCAAAAUCAUGGCAUCAAAACAUUAAAGACGGAGUUUCGUAAUCUAAAGUCGAAGGGGAAGGGGAUGAAAAAAGUCGAUAAAACCAAAGUAAAAACCGACUAUUACGUCCUGAAACCACACACGCCAGAGCCCGACCUGCCUCUCCCACCACCACCAGUGACAGACGCUGACCUUCCUCCUCCUCCCAGUGUUGAUUCUGACAUCGAUUGCCUUCCCCCUCCACCACCACCGCUAAACAGUGAGCAGGACUUCCUGCCACCUCCACCCUCUCAACAAGAACUGGAGCGCAUGCCAACGCAAGCAAUUCAUCGCUCACCAGCAAAAGCCAAAAAGAUGACGGUCAAAAAAGUGAAAGCUCCAGUUUUGUUGCCAGUCCCAAAGCUGGAGCCCAAAGUGGAAUUUAGUAAAACAGAGCAGGUGGAGCUCACGUCCAAGAAAAUUAUAGAAAUCAGCCAAAACCAAUCAAAAGCAACAACACACACAACAAAAACGGUUUCAUGUGAAACCCCACCACUGCCUGAGUCACCAAAACCGCCGAAGAAAGUCUCCCCUGUGAAAUUCACCCCUCCGCCCUCUCCUCCGCCCUCCGUGAGAGGGAAAAUGACGAAAUUUAACACUCCAUUGAUAAAAGCAGAAGGAAAGUAUCGGAAGCUGGUGGAGGACAACGCCCCCCCAACCACUCCAACGGCCACCUACAUACAUGACUCAGUUACCGCUGCCCUUGAAAUGCUCUCCACCAUUGAAACAGAGCAGUCAAACGACGUUGCAUCAGAAAACACCAAGGAGCGAGUGGACAAGGAGGCAUGGAGUGUUCAUUCAGACUCCCUGUCGUGUGAUUUAUCUAAGCGCGUUGUAGUCGCAGGCGCCACCCGCAGCGACGUCAGCGCUAGCCACGAGAAAACCUGCACUGAAACAUCAGUUGUGUCUUCUGCCAAACAGCAAAUCGUCUCCAAUGAGACAUCAGAGGUUAUCUCCAUCCUGAAGACCUCAUCGGUGUCAUCCGUUAAACAACGGACGCAUGCGACUACACAGAACACUAUUUCCCUUUCCUCCAAGCAGUCGGUUCAGUCUGUCGUGGUUGACCAAGUCCACACUUCGACGAGCGAUGUCGCAACAACUGAAAGCGCGUUGGCUGACAGGAAGAAGGAUUUAAAAAAUCAAAAAACAAAGCGCUCAAACAAGCUCUGUGACAAGAACGAAGCUGAAGUGCACUGUGAUAAAAGCCAUGUAGAGAAGAGCGAAAGCAAAUCAGAAUCUGAGAAAAAAGAGAAAAAUGUGAAAGAGUCCGGAUCCCCACAGCGUGACAACAAGAAGAACUCUGAUCAUCCUCCUUCCAAAGGCCAAGAGAAAGUCUCCGAUCAGCAAAUACAAACAGAAAAGGCAGCUGCCAAUUCCAAUGUAAAAACAGGCAAAUCAAAUCAAAAGGGGAAAAAGAACCAUAAGCAAGAAAAGCAAACAGAGAUGAAAACGUCCAGUGAGUGCGAGAAACAAAGUGUUGAUGUCAAGGUGAACGUGAAGGAAGCUGCUGAGGUGAAGGUGAUCAGUGAACAUAAAGAAGUAAAGACAGAGAUAAAACAGGUGAUCAAGAAAGUGACUUCCUCUGCUGCUGCCGCCUCCGCGACCACCGUUACUGCGACCGACAGCCAGCCGCAAACUCCUGCUCCCGCAAAAAAGAAGAAGAAGUCCAAAAAGUCUAAAGGGGCUGCACAGCCAGGUCAAGGUAAGGAGAUUUCCACAGAAUCAAAGAGAGACGUCAUAGAUCCCAACAAAGCGACAUCUGAAAAGUCACAACAAGCUGAAGAAACAAUUUCCAAAAUUAAAAAAAAUUUAAAUGAAGAGCAGAUUGAACUCGACAGAGAAGUCAAAGACGAACUGAGUGUUCAGCCACAAAAAGCUCUUCCAAAGCCGGGGAAGGGAUCUCAAACUAAGAGGAAAGAAGUGACAGCUGUUCAGCAGAGCGAAGACGAUCCGCCAGAAGAAAGUCGGGAUGUCCCAAUUACAGUGACAGGCAGGUCGGGGCAAAAUGACCGGGUAAAGUCCACAGCAGGGAGAACAGAAGCAUCGCAGAAGCAGGAGGCCCAAGUGUUAAUCUCUCACACCGCAGAGACACAAAGAGUUUCAGAGGAGACUGAUUCUAAAUCCGCGAAGGCUCUGCUCAAAGCACCUCCAGGUUGGCUGAUGAAUCCCGAAGGAAUGUGCGAACUGGAGGAAUCUGUGGUGGAAAGUGGUUCUGAGAAAAGUGAAGAAAGCCUUUCUCGUGUGAGUAAACUAUCAGAGGCGAACCUGAUGCACCUGGAAACUAAUGAAACAACGGAGGAGCAUGAAUUUGAGCAAAUAUCGGAAACAUUUGUUUGCGGCGGGGCGACGGCGGACACGUCCCAAAUCAGUAUCGUAAAAAUUGAGAACCAAACAAAGGAGACGACCGCCCACAAAAAACGGAAUGAGGAGGCGAGUCAGAGCAAGCCGGUUGACCUCCGGGCUCCCUCGCCGUCACUGAGGAUGCGUUCGCCGUCGCCGACGUUCAUCACCAUUGAAUCCACGCGAAGGACGGGCUUGACCGACCGAGUGACGCCAUCCCCCACCCCGCUGCACAGGCCGCACACACCUCCCACACCGCCGCCGCGCCGCUGCGACACCCCGACGUCGCGGCUCACCAGAAUCACGCCCUCUCCGACUUUUGACAGGGCGGAAAAUUUGGCCCGGCUCAAAGACGCGACCGCCAAACUCUCGCGCGGAGUGACCCCGCCUCCGCCGCUGCCCCAGCAGGCCUCGGACAGGAGGUCAGAGAUCGUGGAAUCGCCCGCGUCUUUCCUUCGGCAAAUCAAAAUUGAGCCCCAGCUUGUGGAGGCCUCAGAGACUCUUGCAACAGAAAGGGAGGCCGAUGUUGAUUCUGCGCAUGUAGAGGAAGAUCAAGCUGGUGUUUCAGACCGUUUGAAUGCAAGUGGAAUACAAAGUAUUUCCCACCCGCCAUUUUGUCAAAGUGACCCAGAUCUUAUUGAAGCUUCAGAUCUUCCCGAGGCAUCAUCUGUAUCUGUCAGGGAAAAGAAAGAGUUUUUUGAAGAAGCUCAAAAGGCUGAAAUCCAUAAGACCUAUGUGCGAAAAGAGCCCAUUGCUAUUCCUGAAAGAUUAGGCCCAGACACGGACGACUUAGUGGCAGAAAAUGAGAGCCAAGAAGAUAAUGAGCUUCCCAAGGCGGACCUGUAUGAUCUUGCAAACAAAUUUGAAUCAUCAGAAGAGGAAUUAUUUAUUAGAAAAGAGCUUAUGACUCUCACAGCGCGGUUUCACGAUGACACUGAAAGCACGGAAUUUGACGAAGAGAAGGCAAACAUCUUUGAACAAGAAAUGCCAUCUUUUGACAUCCGGGCUAUUAAAAAUGCUUUUGAACUGGGCGAGCAAAGUUCCUCGCACAGAGAGGAGAAAGGGGAUCAGGAGGAGACGGCGUCGUGCCUGAUUGAAACAACAGCCGACACUUCAAAGCCAGAAAGUCCGCUAGAAACAAAGAAAGGAUCGCGGCGGAGCAGCCCCCUCCCUCCUCAGCAAACUGAAGCAGAUGUUGUGCCAGCAGAACCGUCGGCCUUUUCUGGAACCACGUCAAUCGCGGAACGAUUCUGUGAUGUUGAUGAGUUUGGUAACAAGGUCACCGGGAUGUUGACAGCUGUGUCCGAGCACAGUGUGUCAACCCAACAGGCCCCUUUCUCCUACGCUGAUGCAGUUAGAAAAAAAGCUGCAUCGUCGAAGCAAGCCGACACAUUCGAUGACGAUGCUACUGAGAUGUUGCUGAGUAACUUCCGGAAAACCUGGACAGAGAGCGAGUCCGUUUUCAAGAGUCUCGGCUACACGAUUUCGGAGGAGACGACGUCACAGGUUGUGUCACAUCAGACGGAGAUUGUCUCAUCUGGUUCGAGUUCCAAAGUCGGAGCUCUGCACAGUAUGUCGGAGGAGAGCUUAUCCGAUGGAUGCUGUGAUAGUGGACAGAAAAAAGUACCAUAAAUCCUGUUUCUGCUGUGAGCACUGUGGAAAUAAAUUAAGCUUAGGGAAUUGCGUCUCUCUCCAUGGACACUUCUACUGCCUGCACCAUUACAAACAACUACUCAAAUCUAAAGGGAGCUUCGACAAUGGACUUGGGCAGAAUCCCCCCGCAGGAAGUAGUGGACCCAUCCCCUCAGAGGAGAAACCGGAAUGGAGAGAUUCCGUGAGCAGCCUGAAUUCAGUAGACAAAACACACAGCGUUGAAAAUAAUGUGACAAAAAUGUGCGAUGAAAGCAAACCGCACGGCAGCAAAAUAUCUGUAGUUUGGCCCCCACAGGCCGACCACCUGAAGAAAGCCUUUAAAAUAGAAGACGACAUUCAGCUAACCAAACCACAGUGGCCCCCUCUUGACAACACUCCCAGAUCACCCAAUCAACAACACAGAAAGGCUGUUCCGAAAAGUAUCCUUUGAAAUAAAAUCACCAGCCGUCAACUAGACAUUUUAGUCAAAUAAACCCAAAGAGGAUUCUCAAAAGAAUGAACGGCUCAGUAAGAAGCUACGAAUACGUUGUACUGUUCGGUUCCAUUAAGGACGUGUUUGGUUGAAGGUCGCGCAGUAAAGGGAUUUAAAAGGAAAAAGAAAAGUGAGAUUAUGAAAGGAAAGCGUACGUACUUGGAAAUGUGGCAUGAAGGUAAAAAAGAAGAUUGUAAUUGAAAUAGUAAGUAGCGGAGAGACGGAAGUGGAGAAAGUGCUGAAGUUGGACGUAGGCAUGAAGUGUACUUUGAAACGAUUAUUUAUGUCAUUUUUUUAUUUUUCAUUACUUUGCAGCAAUCACACUAAUGUUACAUUUAGCAUUUGAAAAUACAAUAUGUAAUUUGACUAUUAUAACAAUGAUAUUUGGCGUCUGGUUAAAGACCUUAAACACAUGGCUAUUAAUGGCAACGCAACAAAUUUAAGAUCUUGGUCAAAUAAAAUGUGUAUUUAUCAGUUCGGUUCAAUCUACAUUUCUAGGUGAAAUUAAUUCAAAGUUUUAUUCACUUUUAAAUAAACUGUAUUUCCACAGCUUUUGAAAGGAGCGCGGUGAAGAAUUAAUAUAUUUCCAAGUUGAGCCUAUUUUUUCAUCCCCAUUUGUUUGACUUCAAAAUAAUGAUUUUAUUGUAAAAUUCAUACAAUUCUUUUGCUAUUGUUUGCCGGUUAAUGGAAAUGAUUUCAGUCGGUUGACUGGCUGUAUUAUUGUGUCAGGUGUCUUAUCUUUCAACAUAUCAACAUUUUGCAUUUGCCGGUUUUCUGCACCUGGUGUGCGGACUAUUAAAAGCAUCUUGGGAUUAUUUUAUUUAUAAUAUCGAAAGUAUAUAAUGUUGACAAGUGAGUUGGUGAUAAUCAUGUUUGUUUUGGAAAUUUGUAUCCUAUUUUGAACAACCAAUAUUUUGCAAUGAAGCAUUGUAUUUUUUAGAUUAGUCAUAUCUUUCUUUGUACAAGAAAAUUCCUGAUUCUAUCGUGCUGUCAGGCUGGUUCACUUACUUAAUUGCUGAUCUAAGGGCAAUAAAAUAUUGAAUUUAAUGGUUC